AUGUUUGUGGCGGCAGCGGCCCUGCAGAGAGCGUCGGCACCGCCUGUGCCGGCUCGCUCCGGCACCCAUGCCCUGCGGGCUGCCUGGUGCGGCCACUGCAAGCGCCUGGUGCCAGAGUACAUCGCUCUGGGCCAGAAGAUUGCCGCCGACCCCAAGCUGAAGAGCCGCGUGCUGAUUGCCAAGGUCGAUGCGGACGCGCACCGCGAGCUGGGCGAGAAGUUUGGCGUGCGCGGCUUCCCCACCAUCAAGUGGUUCCCCCGCGGCAAGGCCGCCGACCCCGUUGACUACAACGGCGGGCGCAGCGCGGACGACUUCCUCAAGUUCAUCAACGAGCAGGUGGCCGCCGACGCCGGCUUCGCCCGCGUCGACGCCCUGGUGCCCAUCGCACAAAAGUUCAUGGCCGCCGCGGCCGCCGACCAGGCGGCGGUGGUGGCGGAGGCCAAGGCGGCGGCAGAGGCGGCCGCGGCUGACGACAAGGACAACGCGGCGCUGUACGUCCGGUUCAUGAAGAAGGCUGUGGAGAAGGGGGUGGAGUGGGUCACCAAGGAGGUGGAGCGGCUGACCAAGAUGGCCGAGAAGCCGAUGAGCGCCGCCAAGCUGGACGAGGUGAGCCGCAAGAUCAGCGUGCUUUCCUCCUUCACGGAGAAGCCGGCAGAGCCCGAGGAGGCCGCGCCGGUGCCCUCGGACGCGGGGUCCCAGGCGUCGGCGGCGGCCGACGAGGACGAGGAUGAGGAUGACUCCGUGUAUGAUGACGGCCUGGAUGACAACGAGGGUGCAGAGUUGGAGGAGGGUGAGGAGGGCGAGGAGGAGGAUGGAGAGGAGAUGGAGGAGGACGAUGAGGGUGGCGCCCCCGCCGAGGAUGACGACGAUCCUUAUGACGAUUCUGAGCUCUGA